AUGGGUUCAAGUGACGCCAGAAAGGAGAGAAGAAAAAGAGAUCAACAUGAUCAUUCUCCUGAAGCACCAACCAAGAAGGCUAAGAUAAACGGAAAUAGAGGUAGAGGUAGAUCUGAAUAUAGAACUGUUACAAGAACUGCUAAAAGACCUUCAAAAUUUGAACAAGUUGAAGCUGAAGAUGAAGACGAUCAUGAAGAUAGCGGUAGUGAAAUAGGAGAUGAUAGUAAUCGUGGUGAAGAAUUUGAUAGAGAUGAUAAAGGGAAGGCUUAUGAUGCUUUGUUGACUUUAUUAAAUGCUGAACAAGUUGAAGAUGAAUCUGAAAGUGAUGAAGACGAAGAAGCUUCAGAAGUUGAAGAAUUGGAAGAUGAAGAAGAUGAUGAAGAAGAUGAUGACGAAGAGAACCAACAAGAAGAUGAAGGAGAAGAAGAUGAAGAAGAUGUUGAACCAGAAUUUGAUUAUGACUCGGAAGAUGAAGAUUUAAGUGAUCCAUUUGAAUAUCAUUUUGCAUCAUCAUCAGAAAAAUAUUUGGAUGAAGCAUCUGAAGCUUUAAAAUCUGCAAAGAAAUGGAGCAAUAGUAAAAAUACACAUGAUGAUUAUUCUUCAAUUGUUUCAUUACCAUCUACUUCAUCAUCAACAAAAUAUAAAGAAAUUCCAACCCAUUCAAAUCUAAAUGAUUAUAAAAUCAAAUCAAGAUUAUUAGAACCUUUCAAAUCCAAGUUUCCUGAAGCUUUAGAUACAGAUAUUUCUAAAUUAGUUACUGAUCCAAUGUUUUCAUAUAAAGAUGUUCUUUUCCCGUACCAACAUUUUUCCAAACAAGAAGAUUAUAGAAAAUUAUAUUCAUUGCAUUGUUUAAAUCAUGUUUUCAAAACUCGUGAUCGUAUUAUGAAAAAUAAUGGUAAAGUUUCUAUUCAAAAUGAAAAAAUUUCAGAAGGUAAAAUCAAACCAGAAGAUGAAAAAGAAUUUAGGGAUCAAGGUUUUACAAGACCAAAAGUGUUGAUCUUAUUACCAAGUAGAAAUCAUUGUUAUAAAGUUGUUGAAAAUAUGAUUUCAAUGAGUGGAGUUGAACAAGUUGAAAAACAAAAAAGAUUUAAAAAUGAAUUUUUUGAUGAUUCAACACCACCAGAUAAUAAACCUGAAGAUUUUAGAAAUUUAUUUGAAGGUAAUAAUCAUGAUGAUUUUAGAAUUGGUAUCAAAUUCACAAGAAAAUCAAUGAAAUUAUUUUCAUCAUUUUAUCAAUCAGAUAUUAUCUUAGCUUCACCAUUAGGUUUACAAUUCAUUCUUGAAAACCCAGAUAAAAAAAAGAAAGAUGGUGAUUUCUUAAGUAGUAUUGAAGUUCUUGUUGUUGACAAUGCUAAUGCAAUUGAAUUACAAAAUUGGGAUCACGUCUUGACUGUAUUAAAACAUGUUAAUAAAAUUCCAGGAAAUUUACAUGAUACAGAUUUUGGUAGAGUUAGAAUGUGGAGUAUAAAUGAUCAAGCUAAAUUAUUUAGACAAACAUUGGUAUUUACAGAAUAUAAUACUCCAAAUGUAAAUAAUUUAUUGAGUAAAUCACAAAAUAUAUUUGGGAAAUAUAGAUUUAGACCAAUUAUUCAUACAAAAGAUUGUUCAAUGUCAAAAGUUGGUUUGAAAAUAAGGCAAAUAUUUAAUAGAUUUGAAAGUUCAAGUCCAAUUGAUGAACCAGAUGCAAGAUUUAAUCAUUUCAAAUCAGUUAUUGUACCAUCAUUAUCUAAAUCAACUACCUAUGAAGAUGGGUUAUUGAUUUAUAUCCCAUUAUAUAGUGAUUUCUUAAGAGUUAAGAAUUAUUUACAUAAUAAGACUUCAUUAUUAUUUGUUGAUACAGAUGAAUACACUGAACAAAAGGAUUUAACUAAAGCUCGUGCAUUAUUUCAACAAGGUAGAAGAAAAAUUCUACUUUAUAGUGAAAGAUUACAUCAUUAUAGAAGAUUUGAUUUAAAAGGUGUUAAGAAUAUAUUCAUGUACGGGGUACCAAAUAAUCCAAUUUUCUAUACAGAAUUAGUUUCAUCAAUUGGUCGUUCAGUUUAUGAAGGAAUUGCAGAUUUUAAUAUUUCAAAUGUUCGUAUAUUAUAUUCCAAAUGGGAUUCAUUAGCUAUUGAAAGAAUUGUUGGUAGUGAAAGAGCACCAGUGCUUACCCAUGGACAAAAUGAGUUUUAUGAGUUUAGAUAG